UUUCAGUAUUGUAAAUAUGCCAAGACACCGGCAUGCUCAUGGGCUCGAUCGUUUUCAGGAGCACCUGCGGCUCAUGUCUGCCAGUGACUUGUACAACUUUAUAGGACAAUUUUUACUGGCUCCAGAAGAGGUCGUUUGUAUGCUUACAACUUUAAAAUUUGUUAUCAGAUUACAACAGGGGCACGCACAAGGAAACUUGAAACCAAAUUGUUUCAACGACACUGUCACUGCUCAUUUGUAUACUUUUCCAUACAACAUUCUGACAAACUGUAUUUUUGCGUGUGAAGAUUUUAUUAAUAAACAAAGAAAAGAAUCUGCCGAGAAUCUUAAACGUUCUCAACACUUUGAAAAUGAUAACAUGAGACCAGCCGCAAAAAAAGCUAAAACAACAUAUCCAGCAGUCGAUGAAAUGGCUGGUUUUGAAUGUUUGGAAUGUGAUGAGGAGUAUGAGUACAAUGAAGUAUAUUGUUUUUCGGAAAGCUCAUAAGCUUUAUUUGUUAUACAUUUCGUAUCUUAAAUUUCUAAAAAUUGUCCCUGUGAAUUUUUUCUCAGUGAAAUGUCAACUUGAUGGAAUAAAUAUGUUUCCAUAAAUACAUAAGUUUUAU